AUAUUACAAUAAAAUUUUACUUGUUAAUUUGAUAAAUCUCUCCCACACUCUCUCCGGAUCUAUCCAAGAACGUCGAUAUAAUCUUGAGCGGCCGGCGAUCCAAGUGGAAAACGGAGAGAUGAAAUUGGGUUUCUUCGUGGGCGUUCUAGGAGUUUUGCUUCUCUCUCACGCUGCUUAUUCUACUAUCCAAUAUAGAGCUUUGCUCAAGAUCACAGAAGAUGAGUUCACUGGAGCCCCAAUUCAUGUGAUCGGUGAGUUGAUAUUAGGGCUGGUUUUGUGCUUGUGGGCUGGUCUUACUGUGCCCGGGAAGUUCCUAUCCAUACUUCCUGAUUCUGAUGAGAACAGGGUGGUCUCUUUAUCCUCCAAUAUGGAUUUCAUGAUAUUCAAUCAUCGUGGAAGAGCAUUCCCAGCAGCAAUUGAUCUAAAAUUGAAAUGAUAAAAUCUAAAAGAGUGGAGCGGGACUUGCAAUGCCGAAGAAAGAUUGCAAUAUUUCUCUUUGAUCGACAGAGCACUUUCUGAUAUUUUGUUUAGUAAUGAUUUGUUUGCUAAUGAAGUGCAAAUCAAACUUUUUUAGUUUGUAUUAAACAGUGAAUUUGUGUAGUCUUUACAUUAAGAACAUUCAGCUAUAUUUUAAAACAAAAAAUAGACCCGGACAAUAAUUUGCAAAUUUUCAAUUAUUAUAGCAGAUAUAUUGGCAUUUCAGAA